AUGUCUACUCGGAAAGCGGCUUUGACAUUGGGGACGGUUGUCUGUCUCUCCGCACUCACUGUAUGGGGAGUACAUUACCAACAAGAGGCCGAGAGAGAGUCCAUGUACCAAGGUGUUUUGCGAGACGACGUCCGAAGACGAGAGAAGAUGCUCCAGCGCCAACUCGACCUAGAGGAAUCGAAGAAGAAACGCGAGAUCUACGAACGCGCGCAGAAGGUCGACCCAGACUCAUUACAAUGA